AUGACAGCCUACUCCAGUCUGACUCCUCCCAGGUUGAAGAUGCAGUCCGUCCACGUCUUGUCGCUGACUUUGCUUUGCGCUCUUGCUGCCAGCGCCCAGGUCAUCAGUUUCGGCAGAUGUCCUAAACCUGCAGUCCAGGCCAACUUUGACCCCUCCAAGUACAUCGGGAGGUGGUAUGAGAUUGAGAAGCUGCCCACAGGUUUCCAGAAGGGAGAGUGCGGUACGGCCACAUACAGCGCCAAGAGCGCCGGAGUCAUCGGAGUCUUCAACAGUGAGCUGCUUAAAGACGGGACCAUUAACUCCAUCGCUGGCAGCGCUAAAGUGAAGAGUCCAGAGGAGCCUGCCAAGCUUGAGGUCUCAUUCAGUGGUACCCCCCCUGGCCCGUACUGGGUGCUGUCCUCAGACUACGAGGGCCACUCUCUGGUCUAUGGGUGCCAGGAGUUGGGGAUCUUCAAAGGGGAGCUGUCCUGGAUCCUGAGCCGUGAGCCCACCAUCUCUGACGAGACUCGGGAGGAGCUGCACAGCAUCCUCACAGCCGCUGGGGUCGACGCCGGAAAGAUGGUCCGCACAAACCAGGACCGCAACUACUGCAGCCCCAUGGACCAGUGA